AUGCCUGUCACAAUCGAUAUCAACGAGCAGUUUGGCCUGGUCCUCGCUGUGGCCAGCUCAAGCUUCUUGGUGAACGCCAUGCACAUGCUCACCACCUCCAGGUUCCGCAAGGCUAGCGGGGUUCCUUACCCCGUGUCCUAUGCCUCCGAGGAGGAAGCUGCCAAGAACAAGGCCGCCUUCAAGUUCAACUGCGCCCAGCGCGCCCACGCCAACUUCACUGAGAACCACACCUCGUUCUUGGGCGCCCUCCUUAUCUCGGGUCUCCGAUUCCCGCUUGUUUCCGCUGGACUGGGCGCUGCCUGGGUCUUCGGUCGUGUCGUCUACCUCCUUGGCUACACUAGUGACAAGGGCCCAAAGGGAAGAACGAGUGGUUCCCUUUUCGCCUCUCCUGCCGACCUUGCGCUUAGGCUCAUGGCUGUUUACACUGGUGUCCAAUUUGCAUUGGGCCAGUAA